GCACAUAACUCUGGGCGGUUGCAGUCUGGGGCAGCAGACACUCGGCGGACACCCGGCCACUCUGAGCUGAACUGGCAGCAUGAAGGCCCUCCUGGCCCUGCCGCUGCUGCUGCUGCUUUUCUCUACUCCCCCCUGCGCGCCCCAGGUCUCCGGGAUCCGGGGAGAUGCUCUGGAGAAGUCUUGCCUUCAGCAGCCCCUGGACUGUGACGACAUCUACACGCAGGGCUACCAGGCAGACGGCGUGUACCUCAUCUACCCCUUGGGCCCCAGCGUGCCCGUGCCUGUCUUCUGUGACAUGACCACCGAGGGGGGAAAGUGGACGGUUUUCCAGAAGAGAUUCAAUGGCUCAGUGAGUUUCUUCCGGGGCUGGAAUGACUACAAGCUAGGCUUCGGCCGCGCCGACGGGGAGUACUGGCUGGGGCUGCAGAACCUGCACCUCCUGACACUGAAGCAGAAGUACGAGCUGCGAGUGGAUUUGGAGGACUUUGAGAACAACACAGCCUACGCGAAGUACGUCGACUUCUCCAUCUCGCCCAAUGCCAUCAGCGCUGAGGAGGACGGCUACACCCUCUACGUGGCAGGCUUUGAGGAUGGCGGGGCAGGUGACUCCCUGUCUUACCACAGCGGCCAGAAAUUCUCCACCUUCGACCGGGACCAGGACCUCUUCGUGCAGAACUGCGCGGCCCUCUCCUCGGGAGCCUUCUGGUUCCGCAGCUGCCAUUUCGCCAACCUCAAUGGCUUCUACCUGGGUGGCUCCCACCUUUCCUAUGCCAAUGGCAUCAACUGGGCCCAAUGGAAGGGCUUCUACUACUCCCUCAAGCGCACUGAGAUGAAAAUCCGCCGGGCCUGAGGGGCUGGCCCCAUCAGACCCUAACGCUGCCCUGGCUGCUCGGGGUCUCCAUGAGUGCUCCCUCUGCUGUGCCUGUGUCCCCCCCACCCCCACCCCCACCUCCCAUGUCAGUUCUGCUGCUCUCUUAACACCUGCUUCUCACAGGGGGCCUCUGGCUCUAGCCCCAGCGGAUCCUGUCACAGCCACCUCUAAGCCAGGCCUCUGCUCCCCUCCACCUGAGGCUAUGCUGCCAGCAGCUCCCCAGGCCUCCUCCGAAAGGCACAGGCGGCCUGGACCUGGCUGGACGCCACGUGGCUCAGUUGCCUGCACCCUGUCGCAGAGGCUGAGAGCCAGGAGCUGCUCUCCCAUGCUUCAGGCUCCGUGUUCCACCUUAGUCAGCUUCCAUACUGUGCACUGCUCCGUCUGGGGCCGCCCUAGCAUGCUACUCUGAGCUGGCACGGUCUGACCAACACCCAGAGCAUGUGGCCACCACUGCCACACCCCAGCACCCCCCGGCUGUCCUCAGAAUGUCUCUCACCCUUCACCUCCCUCCCACCAACUUGUUCUCUGGUGGGGAGCACCAUGGACUCCCGAGCCCCACCUCACUGUCAUACUUGGUUUCCCCGACCUGCCUGCCCCAGGCCCCCAAAGCUCAAUGCCAAAACUGUAUUCUACCACAGCUACUGCAUGCCACCCGUAAACAGCCACAAUCAAGGUAGGCAUAGACACCUCCCACCCACCCCAGGGCCGAGGCCUGACCCUGUGACGGGGCAGAGGACACCUUCUGUGGGGCUGGAGGCAGGUGGGGAGUGGAGGUCUCAAUAAACCUCAGGACCUGAA